AUGGCGGCCACAGCAGUAGACAAGGAGGGCCUCUUCAUCCCCCUCAUCGACUUCUCAGCCUUCCUCAACGGCGACGCUGCCAAGCGCACCGCGACAGCCAAGCAGAUCCUCAGCGGCUUUCAGAACGCCGGCUUCAUCUACCUCAAGAAUGUGCCCAUAAGCGAGGAACUCCGCACUGCUACCUUCGCCAAGUCGGCCGACUUCUUCGCCCAGGAUGACGAGGCGAAGCUCGCCCUCGGCUGGACCACCCCCGAGGCGAACCGCGGGUACUCGGCGCCCGGUCGCGAGAAGGUCAGCACCCUGAAGACCAACGCCGAAAUCGAAAAGGUGCGUGCGGGGAACCCCGAUCUGAAGGAGAGUUAUGAGAUCGGCCGCGAGGGCGAGCCCGGUCACCCGAACCAGUGGCCUGUCGAGAAGGAGGGCACGCGCGUCGCCGGGUUCAAGUCGCAGAUGCUUGAGUUCCAUGACCAAUGCAAGGCGUUGCACGUUGAGGUCAUGCGCGCUAUUGCCGUCGGUAUGGGUCUCGACGAGCACUUCUUCGACAGCUUCACAGAUGCCGGCGACAACACGCUGCGUCUGCUGCAUUACCCCUCUGUCGACCCCAAUGUCUUCAAGAUCAACCCGGGCCAGGUCCGCGCCGGUGAGCAUAGCGACUACGGUUCUAUCACACUGCUGUUCCAGGAUGAUCGUGGUGGGCUGCAGGUCAAGAGCCCCAACGGACAGUUCGUGGACGCCACGCCCAUUCCCGGAACGGUUGUCGUCAACGCGGGUGACUUGUUGGCACGAUGGAGCAACGAUACCAUCAAAAGCACCAUCCACCGCGUUGUGGAACCUCCGAGGAAGUCAGAGGACGGCGCUGAGUACCCUCCGCGGUACAGCAUUGCUUACUUCUGCAACCCCAACUUCAAGAGUCAUAUUGAGGCCAUCCCCGGCACAUACGCCACGGAAGCGGAGAAGAAGUACGAAGGCAUUGACAGCGGAACAUAUCUUGUACAGAGAUUGGCGGCCACGUACUGA